AUGAGCCCUGAAUUUUUGGCACAACGUCGUCGUGGACUAAACAUCUAUUUGAAAACUUUGUGUAGCACUGAAUUCUGGGCUAUUCAUCCAGCUAGUCGACCAUUGUGUAUUCAAUUUCUUCAACCAGACAGCUGGGAAGGAGAUCGUGUUCAAGCACGUAUAAUGUCGGCAUUAUUAACACCAUUUCGAACAGUUGGCAAUGCUGUUAUUGUUAAUAAUUCUCUUCUCUCCUCUGAUGGUAAUGAUGAAAUGAUCAAAAAAUAUGGAGAUUAUGAACUACAAGAAACAAUGGAUAUAUCUUCUUUGGAAACAUCUACAACUAAGAGUAACGAUUCAUAUGAUAUAACUAGUGGAGAUGAAACUCCUAUUCGAAUUUUAUUUCUUCUAGUCGAUGAAAUAUUCGAUUUACACCGAGAAGGUCAAUUCACUAGACAAGGAAAUUUUGCUAUACUACGUAAAAUAUUUCAAACAUUUUUUGGGAUUCGAGUUAAUAGGAUGAUUAUUGCUAAGGCCUGCGAAUGGACAAGUGCACCUAAGGUUACACAGUUAAUCAUUUAUUUACGUGACUAUUUUUGGCCGUCUAAAAAAUCUUCAACAUUGAAAGUUUUCAGUGAACGUGAUAAAGAAAUGAAAUUACGAACUCGUGUUCUGUGUAGAACUGUACUUUUGGGAAGUGUUUCUGAAGAACUUUCACAAUUUCUUGGCAAUGAAACUACUCGUCAUGGUGUAUCACGUAUAUUCAAUAUGCUACAAGAAGAAAAAUUUAAUCGUAGAUUUGUACAUAUUGUUUUAGAAGCAUUUUUAUGUCAAUUAUUUCGGCCAUAUCAAACACAUUGGGAGGCAAUAUAUGAAAAAGAUUUAUGUCCAUUGAAAUGUGGUCGACUAUGUCGUUCACAUAAAACAUGCAUGUAA